GGGGAGAUAAAUAUGCCAGAAGAAGUGAAAACUUCUACCCAGGACCUACAAAUGGAGGACGAUGAAGUGGAGACGUUUGCUUUCCAGGCUGAAAUUGCUCAGCUGAUGUCCUUGAUUAUAAACACAUUCUAUUCCAAUAAAGAGGUCUUCCUUCGAGAAAUAAUUUCUAACUCUUCUGAUGCUCUGGAUAAAAUCCGCUAUGAGAGUCUGACCGACCCAAGCAAACUGGAUUCUGGAAAGGAGCUGAAUAUUAGCCUGAUUCCAAACAAACAGGAUCGCAGCCUCACGAUUAUUGACACUGGCAUUGGGAUGACCAAAGCAGAUCUUAUUAACAACCUGGGUACUAUUGCCAAGUCUGGAACCAAAGCUUUCAUGGAGGCUCUACAAGCAGGGGCUGAUAUUUCAAUGAUUGGCCAGUUUGGUGUUGGUUUCUACUCAGCCUACCUUGUUGCAGAGAAAGUUACGGUGAUCACCAAGCACAAUGAUGAUGAGCAGUACGCCUGGGAGUCUUCAGCUGGUGGAUCAUUCACUGUAAAAGUAGACGACAGUGAGCCACUGGGUCGUGGUACAAAGGUCAUCUUGCAUUUGAAGGAGGAUCAGUCUGAAUACUUGGAAGAAAAAAGGAUCAAGGAAAUUGUGAAGAAGCAUUCCCAGUUCAUUGGCUACCCCAUUACACUCUUUGUGGAAAAGGAACGCGAUAAAGAAGUCAGUGAUGAUGAAGCUGAAGAAGAGAAGGAGGAAAAGAAAGAGGAAGAAAAGGAGGAAACUGAAGAUAAACCAGAGAUUGAAGAUGUUGGAUCUGAUGAAGAGGAAGAUGACAAAAAAGAUGGUGACAAGAAGAAAAAGAAAAAGAUUAAGGAGAAGUACAUUGACGAGGAAGAGCUUAAUAAGACAAAACCCAUCUGGACUAGGAAUCCCGACGAUAUAACUACUGAGGAGUAUGGAGAAUUCUACAAAAGCUUGACUAAUGAUUGGGAGGAUCACCUGGCUGUCAAGCACUUCUCUGUUGAAGGCCAGCUGGAGUUCAGAGCCCUGCUGUUUGUGCCAAGGAGAGCACCUUUUGACUUGUUUGAGAACCGAAAAAAGAAAAAUAACAUAAAGUUGUAUGUCCGUAGAGUGUUUAUUAUGGACAACUGUGAGGAGCUCAUUCCUGAAUAUUUGAAUUUUAUCAGAGGCGUAGUGGAUUCUGAGGAUCUCCCACUGAACAUUUCCAGAGAGAUGUUGCAACAGAGUAAAAUUUUAAAGGUUAUCAGGAAAAACCUGGUAAAAAAAUGUCUUGAGCUCUUCACUGAACUAUCGGAGGAUAAGGAAAACUACAAAAAGUUCUAUGAGCAGUUUUCAAAGAACAUAAAGCUUGGUAUUCAUGAAGACUCUCAAAACCGUAACAAACUCUCAGAACUUCUGCGAUUUUAUACUUCAGCAUCUGCUGAUGAAAUGGUCUCCCUUAAAGACUACUGCACACGAAUGAAAGAGAACCAAAAACAUAUUUAUUACAUUACAGGUGAAACAAAAGAGCAAGUGGCACACUCUGCAUUUGUGGAAAGGCUAAGGAAACAUGGUCUUGAAGUAAUAUAUAUGAUUGAACCGAUCGAUGAGUACUGUGUACAGCAGCUUAAAGAGUUUGAAGGCAAAACACUGGUCUCUGUAACAAAAGAAGGAUUGGAACUUCCAGAAGAUGAGGAAGAGAAAAAGAAACAGGAGGAAAAGAAAUCAACGUUUGAAAACUUGUGCAAAAUUAUGAAGGACAUUCUAGAAAAGAAAGUGGAAAAGGUUGUGGUGUCAAACAGACUUGUCACUUCUCCUUGCUGCAUUGUAACAAGCACGUACGGUUGGACGGCAAACAUGGAGCGUAUCAUGAAGGCUCAGGCAUUAAGGGACAAUUCGACAAUGGGUUACAUGGCUGCAAAGAAACACCUUGAGAUCAACCCAGAUCACUCGAUAAUUGAAACACUACGACAGAAGGCUGACGCUGACAAGAAUGACAAGUCUGUAAAGGACUUGGUUAUAUUGCUAUACGACACUGCCCUCCUAUCUUCUGGCUUCAGCCUUGAAGACCCACAGACACACUCCAACAGAAUCUACAGAAUGAUUAAACUUGGUUUAGGUAUUGAUGAAGAUGAUUCUACAACUGAAGAGUUAAAUCAACCAGUAACAGAAGAAAUGCCUCCCCUUGAAGGAGAUGAAGACUCCUCUAGAAUGGAGGAAGUCGACUGAACUAAAUUAAACGUUCCAUGUUAAUCUAAACGGGUUAGCCAUUUCUGUACUUCCUGUUAAGGAAGCUUGCUAUAUGCAUUCCAGAUAUUUAUAGUGUCUUUUUAUUUUUUUUAUUUUUUUUGUUGAAUUGCACUGUUUAAAUAAAACUAUAAAUAAAAAAUGCAAUGUUGAAGAAA